AUGAGGACGACACGGCCGAAUAAGCCAACCGUUGAUGAGCUGCUCCCGCUGCGCUUGGUGGGUGACUUCUGCAGUUGGCAGGUGGAAGUCCCGGGUCUGGAGCUGUCGCCAUGUGGCUCACUAGUAGGGGGCAAAGUCCUGGAGUAUGUUCUGCAGCUGCAGCUGGAGGAGAGUUCCCUCGAGUUCCAGGUUGUCAGCAGUCCGCUAGGUUUCAAAGUUCGCCUCUACCCCAAGGGCGAUGGCUUGGUGAAGGCAGAGGACAAAAUGGGGGCGUCGGAGGCCAAUGCGGCCGUCGGCGGUUGCAACGACGGCCAUGGCAGGAACUUCCGCAUCCAGCUACCACAGGCUGGAGACCGGGUUUGUGUGCUGGUGCGACUGGCUUUGGGCAGCAAAGGCGUCCAGGGGGCACCCAUCGCCGCCCAGGUGACCUUUGCCAAAUCUGGGGCUAGGGCAGCGACCUCCUGUGUCAGCAUCAACGAUGGGAAGCUUACAGUCAUCGACUCCAGUGGGGCCGAUCAGCGACGACAGGUUGCAUGGAGCAGCGAUCCCCAGAGCCAGCGCUUGCCGCAGCUGCUGCCGCUGCGGCUGGUCGGCCAGCCUUGCAACUGGCGGUUGGAGCAAGCAGGCUUGCUGUUCUCUGCCAUACAGAGCAGCUCUUUCGAUGCAGGAUCCGGCUGGCAAGGGCACUGCCUCUGCCUACGUCUGCUUACAAGACAGGUGGAUUUUCAGAUCGUCAGUGGCAAGCUUGGUUUCGGCUGGCGGCUCUUCCCAGAGAGUUCAGUGGCCGGCCGAAUCAAGGAAUGCGGCCGAUGCCCGGACGACUGUACAGAGAUGAUCAUUGGUGGGAAGGAUGACGGUGCUGGCCUCAACUUCGUGAUCAGUGGGCGGCCACUCAACGUGAUCACAAUCUAUGUUUGGCUCAAAGUGCGGGAAGACAAAGUUGCAGCUGCUCGAAUAGGCUACAUGGCACCCGGGAAGUACCACCCCGAGAAGGAAGAGGAAACAAAGCCAAAAGUUGCUGUUGGUGCCCGCCGUGUGCAAUACCCGGUGCCCCAGCAGAUGACUCCUCUGGGCCCGGAGAUUCUGGAAGCCGCCGAAACCGAGGAAGAGAAGAAGGCAGCCCUGGAGCAGAGAAACGACUGCAUCCGACGAGCGGCCUGGAGGCUUCAGGAAGAGUAUGCCGCAGAAGAUGUGCAGCGUGAAAUCCUGGCGCUUCGACAGCUUUAUCCGUACCAGCAGAAGAAGAGCAUUUUGGCUCUGGAGAUGGAAGGAGAAAAGCGAAGGAUGCAGGAAGACGCAGAGAAGGAGCCAGACGAUGUGCAGCGCUACGUCGAGGCAGCUCAGGCUUUGAAGCAACAGGGGUGUGAGGAUGCGCACGCAGAGGCCCCAACGAUGGAUGCAGGGCUGGCUCCGGUUCCAGAUGGCCAUCCAGGGCCUCAAGAGCGAGUCAGCGAGGAGGAGCAUCCACAAAAAGACGACGCCAAGGGCAGAACAGUCGAAGAGGAACUUCGCUUUCAUUGCCGAGCGGGCCUGGCGGCUGUGCAACGGCAAGUUGCGCAGCACUCCUACGAAGAUGACGGUUCCAAACCUGAAGGCUCGACGCUUGCACUGCUGCCCCAAAACCACCCGUCGGCUCUAGCCGGUGCCCUUGCAAUGUGUGCGGAGGAUGCCAUUGCUUCAGCCAUGGCCGGUGCACGAGAGGCUCACUUGGCACAGCUGCGGAAGCAGGAAAAGAUAUUGUCCCAUGCGCUGCAGCCGUUGGAGCAGUCCGAGGAUGAAGGAGACGAGGUGGAUGCGAAUAAGUCGCUUGCACUGCUGCAGAAGCCAAAUCUUUUUGGCGACACUGAUGCACAGUUUAACAGUGCCCUGCAGAACUUGCCUGCCGUGAAGGCGGCGCGGGAUCGGGCCAUGCGAGCCUUGGGUCUUCCCGAAUCUCUAGCACCAACAGCUGCGCGCAUGACCGAGCUCCUCCACGACACCGACCGCACAGCACGGGCGUCCAACAUGCUGUCCAUGAAGCGUCUGCGGCUGAUAGCCUCGCCACACCCGUCUAUUAACGGUCAGGCAGCGGAAGCUCUACGAAGCCGCGGAGUUCUCGUGGGAAGCCCUGCCACCUGGUUCUUCGGAAUGGAGGGCAUUCAGCACCAAUUCCCCGCUGUGCUGGAGGAGCUCAGCAAGGCAGCCAAUGCCGGUGUUUUCAAUCACUGGUUUGGAGGCCCCCGAGCUGGCCGCUAUGCGGUUGUCACAGCGGAGGAGCUGUGGCAGUGGGGCAUGGUGCAUGUCUUCGAGACGCUGCAUCUGCUCCAGGACCAGCUGCAGAUGAUAUUGAAUCAACUGGGAGAGGAAGGUCGCCGACUCCGUGUCGAGCAACAGAUGUUGAUCAGCUUCCACGGCAAAGGCCAGCAGCUGCCACCCUGGGAGGACGGCGCUGGUCGACGCAGUCGCCGGGUGAGCUUGGUGUGGCAUCCGAGCUACAGUCACCGUCGCGUCGUCGAGGGUGGUGCAUUUCGAAUUCAUCCAGUGCGACGAGACGGUCGGAAAGGUGACAUGCUGGAAAUUCCAGGAGGGGGAGGCAGUUGGGCAAUAUUCCGAACCACGGAAUUCCGACAGGAAGUGACGAAGGCAGGCCUUGCGUCGAUGUGUUAUGCCAUGCCAGCGUAUGAACUCAGCAACGAACCUGCGGAUGCGACUGCGGCCGACUCGGUGGAGCAGGCCCAGCAAGCUUCGGCUUUGCCAGCAGAGUCUCAGACAAAGAUCUCUGCUGCGAAAGCCUCGAGCGAUGUGAGCUCCGAAUGCUCGCUGGAGUUCAAGCGCCUGUUGCAGCUUCUGGCUGCGCAGCAUGUGCAGGACAUGGCAUCUCUCCGAUCGGAGCUUGUGAGCCCAGGAGAUGCACCCAAGGAGCAGCCAAGCCUGAAUCUGUCCAGAUCAGCAUCGAUUGGCAGCUCGCCACCUGAAGUUCCAUUACCCCGAGUCGUUCGUACACCAAGCAAAGACACAAGCAGGAUGCCUCGGCUGUCGGUCAUGCCGCAGCCCUCGGCGCGGCGCUUCGACCCCAACAGUCCCCACAGCAUGAGGGAUCGAAGUCGAGAAGGCAUCGAGCAGGUCUCUACAAUCGAGCGCUGCGCGGACUUCUUGCAGUCUGCAGUCUUUGAAUCGGCACUGUCAGCACUGCUGGUUGCAAACGUCUUUUUCAUGGCCCUGGAGAUGCAAUUCCUUGGAAUGGUCUCGGGUUGGGAGAUAGACAAGUACGACGAGCCAACGCCUGCGCAGUCGUCUUGGCCGACUAUCAACCGGGUCAUCACAGUUGGGGAUUUCAUUUUCACAGUAAUCUUCGCUGUGGAUGUCUCUCUCCGCGUUGUGGUGCUACGAUGUCGCUUCUGGCGAGCCGUGAUGAACUGGAUUGAUGCGAUCGUCGUGGCAACAUCGAGCGUCCAAUGGUUUAUGCCCAGCCUGGCCAUUGAUGCAGUUUAUCUGAGACUUAUCCGCCUGGGGAAGCUUGCCCGAGCUUUUCGGAUGGUUACAAUGUCUCGAUCAUUGGAUUCGUUACAGCUUUUGCUGAAGUGCUGCGCGUCCUCGGUUGACAUGCUCUUUUGGUCAUUUUGCCUACUCACUUUUAUCCAGUGCAUUGCUGGAAUGAUACUGAGCGCUUUAGUCAGAGAGUACCUCAAUGAUGACUCCAAGCCCCUUCAAAUCCGGCAACAAGUCUGGGAUUACUACGGCACUUUUACAAGAACUUUUUUGACGAUGUUUGAGAUAUUGUUUGCUAAUUGGGGACCACCAUGUCGCAUCCUUGUGGACUAUGUCGACGAGGCCUUCUCGUUGUUCUUUCUGGUCUACCGGUGCAUGAUCGGAUAUGCGGUCUUGAACGUCGUAAAUGCAGUGUUCGUGCAGCAGACUUUGCUGAUGGCAGCGAAUGACGAAGAUUUGGCUUUCAAGCAGAAGCAAAAGGACUGGGCUUUGUACACGAAGAAGGUGCAGCGCCUUUUCAGCGCAAUGGAUACCUCGGAGGACGGGAUGGUGACUCUUGAUGAGUUUGCUCAGCUCAUCGAAUCACCCAAACUUCGGUUUUGGAUGAGCCAGUUGGAGCUGGACUACCACGAUUUGCUGGGCCUGUUUGAGAUGCUUGAUGAUGGGGAUGGAGAAAUCUCUAUGAAGGAGUUCAUCGAGAAUGCCCAGAAGCUGAAAGGCCCUGCCAAGGCCAUCGACAUGCAUCGGCUGGAGACCAAGCUCGAGCUGCUGCUGGCACAGGUGCUUGCCAAUACGUCCUCAGCCGCCGCGGGACGAUCCCACCGCUCCUCCACGUAUUCCUUGCAGACGCUCUUCAGUGCCGCCGGCCUUUCGCGCGAGAGCCACGGCUUUGCCUCACGCAUGGCAGCGGCUGCAGCCGCCACGGCCCUCGGAGACGAUGACAAGUUUGCGACUGCGAAGAAUGUGAAGCGCUCGGCUUCCAGGGAGACCGACUUGGGGCCACAGCUUUCCCAUAGAUUCUGA